CGGUUUGACAAGAAACUGUUACGAUAUAAAAUUACGAUUUUAAACCGUUCCAAGUAAAAAACUAAAAGGUAACAGCGAUUAAUUUUGCAAGAGUGGAGUCGGUUCGUGGUCUACAAAUUCGUGUGUUUGACCAUAGCAAGUGUCUGGCGAAGUUCUCAUCGAAAAUCGACCUAAAUUUUGCUCAUAUUGGACGUGUAGGUAACGAAACGCGAUCAUUUUUACGGCUAAAAACCCGUAGGAGUUGAAAAGGAGUAUUUAUUAUUUAUUUAUUAAUGUAUUCUCGGUUGCGAUCGGCUUGUAAUGAAGAAAGAAAAAUGCACUCGGGCACUUGUGCGCUGGCGAAAAUAAUUUGCCAAGUAUUCAAACUGAAUGACGGUGUUGUGAAUUAAGUGAUCGAAGAAAGGAUGGGAAAAUCACCUCUAACAUGAGGAAAGAUACGUCGAAAUCACAAAAACCGGAUAAUAAUAACAGGCGGCCUACCACAACAAAUGGUAACAGGAACCCCACCACAAGACCAGUACCACCAGCUCCACCACCCCCUCGGGUCACCCGCCACCAUCCCACGCCCCUGCCCGCCACUUCGUCCAUCUUCGGAUCGCUGAAACGAUUGCGAGCCGGCGUUGCCACGUCGACCAAGAAGCAGCAGCCAGCUUCGAACGGCAACGCCGCCGGCGGAGUCGGCGUCGGCGCAGCUAAGGAGGUGGGCGUGGCCAGAGAUCCGACGAGAAAGGCUGGGGGGAAAGAAAAUGUGGAGGGGAGCAAAGAGAGAAACGGUCAGAUCGGUAAAAGGGAAGAGAAAAUAGGGAGACAAGGGGUUAAAUCAGCUGUAGUACCCUGGGACCAAUUCGUUACCCGCAGAGUACCUAGGUCGACAACAGCAACACCAAGUCAACAAUCGAAGCCAAAGAGACCUGUUACCAUAGCUAUAUCACCAAAUUUAUCUCGAAAAAAAGGACAACACAAAGACGGUCAAGUUCACAGCGACAACCUAUCGAGAACUUCGUCCGUCACCAACCUCGACUCUUUAGAAUCGAACUACCAAGUCCAGGGAGGCAAAGGGGCCAAACCACGCAAGGCAGCCUCAAAAGAAAUUAUCGACAAAGCUGGUCACGAUGCCAAAAGAGGUGUUACAAGAAACAACAACAAACUAGAACUUCCAGUACCGUCUGGGAUUCAGCCUCUAUCCUAUUCGACAGACUCGCUACAAGAGGAAGAACUCCAGCUAUUGAGGAAGCAACUGAGGGAGAUGGCAGAUGAGAAAAACUCACUGGCGUUGCAGCUUGGUGAGCAAAGAGGGCAACUGAAUGUUCUUCAAAAGGAGAUUCAAAAAUUAAAGUCAUUCCAAGAGGAAAGUAACGUGGAAAUGGAACGAUUAGCAGAAGAAAAUACAGCAUUGAGGAAUCGCCUUAGAGAUGUAGCUCAUUCUCCUCUUAGUGAUAAUGAAAAGCAGCAGUUGUUGUUUGAAAGCAGGCAUCAUAGUAGUGCUCCAGCAUCGAUAGCAACUAAUGUUAUAGAUGACAACGGGGGCGAGGCUACUACUUGCACUACACCUGACUGGGACAAGCACUCCAGCAGUAACGUGAGUGAAGUAUCUGUAGCCUGUUUGCAAGACAAGAUCAACCAAAUGCAGGAAACUCACUAUAGUACUAAUGAAGAGCUUCAAGCUACUCUCCAAGAACUCACCGAUCUCCAGCGUCAACUCACCGAGCUCCAGCAAGAAAACGAACGACUCAACGAAGAGAAAUCUUUGAUGUUUGACAGUCUAUGUCGACAAACGGAACGAUUAAAUGAUUCUAGGAAAGAAGUGGAGAAUUUGAAGCAAGUGCUGUACAGGGAAAGCAGCGAUGAAAAUGGGGUGAGUCAGUUUGAAAACGUCGUGGAAAGAGAAGAACGUUUGAUGGAGAUGGUAAAGUCAGCUCAAGAGGAGAGGGAGGCCUUUCUUGUCAAGCUGGAACAGGUUCAAGGGGAGUUACAUGAGUCCCGGAGCGGUAUUAUGGAGAAAAAUGAAGAUAUAGCUCAACUUGCCGAAAGAGUUAAAACGUUAGAAUGCACCUUGGACGCGAAACACGCUGAACAUAAACAGUUAGAUCAGGAAUUAACUCAAGCCAAAGAUCAGUGUUCUGGAAAACAAAUCGAAAUAAAUAGACUAACCGAUUUACUGGACAAUGCCAGGACUAAGAUAAACGAAUUAGAACAAGAUAGAGCUCUCAGCGAUAAAAGCGAGCUCGACGAACUUCUCGAUAAUGCCAGGAAAGAAAAGGAUCAGCUAGAAUCAGAGGUGGCUUAUUUGAAAGAACAGUUGGCCAGAAGUAAGAACGAAAUCGAAAAAUUAAAGGAACAGGUGUUUGUGUUACAGGAAGAGUGCAAAGUAACUAGAAAUAAUGCUAAAACCACCCAGUCAGAUUUAGAAUACAAAUGCGAAAAAUUGAUCUCUGAAAAGAACAAUCUCAGUGAGCAGCUGCAACAAUUCCAGGAAGCUGUAAAUGAACUGCAGGUACAUGCCCAGUGCCAUCUAGAGGAUAAACGACAGCUAUCGGCGGUGUUGUCAGAAACUCAGAGAAAUUUAAGUGAGAAUGAAAGAAGAAAUUUGACUUUAGAAAACGAUAUUGAGGAAUUGAAGAAACUUCGUGCAGAAGAGAACGACGAAUGGGAGAAAUUCCAGACUGAUUUGCUCACGUCCGUUCGCGUAGCUAACGAUUUUAAGACCGAGGCACAACAGGAAUUGCAGAAAAUUAUUUUAGAAAAUAAAACUUACAGAGAAAAAGUACGACUUUUGGAGGGACAGCUGGAAAAACUUAAAGGUGAAAAAGCCUCUGUGGCCACCCAAACCAGCAUUAUCUUGUCACCUCAAAUCGUCGCCAUUGCCAGGAAUAUCGACCCCACUCUUCCCAACAGGUUGUCGCUGUUAGAUAGACCGUCCAGUCCAACUGAAAACAUGGAAAAACUGUUUCCCAUAUUGAGAAGGAGUAGGAGCAGAGAAGUGCUGGAUGAGCGUAUCUCAAAUCGAAGUAGGAGCAGGGAAAGACCAGAUGAGAAAGCAAAGAAAAGUUUUGCAAGCAUCGAGAACCUAGCUCCAGAAGAACCUAAAAAAGAAACAAUGGGGUUCUUGAAACGUAACAAAAGUAAAGAGAACUUUGCUUUGGACGAUCAGCACAAAGAAGGGUUUAGUUUUUUCAGACGUUUCAAAAGCACAGAAAACUUAACUGAACCUGACUCAACAAUACACAAAAAGUUUGAUGAUAAUAACGCUAAAACCUCUAAGUCUACGUUCAAAUCGAAAUCUCCUUCGUCUAGUUUAGAAUCUAAACCAAAACUUGUCAAAAAACGAGAAAAACAUCCUGUAGAAUCCUUAAAAUAUCACGCACACCGUAAAACAGUUUCGGUUGAAGAAGAAACACUACUGAAAUCGUUGGAUGACUGGUACAAAAACAUACCCGAAAACAUACCCGAAGAUCAGUUGUCCAAAGAAGAUAAAGCUGUAAAAAAAUUAAAGCAGCUUUUCGAAGAUGACAUGCUGAAAUCCAAGCCCAUGGCUAAAAAGCCCAAAGAACAACUAGCUAUCAGUAAACCUUUACUAAACUCCGUUUUUAUGAAUCCUCAGCUAAUGGAUAUUAUUAGGAAUCCUCAUUUACCGACGAUAGAAACUCAGAUGAUACGAGACAGCGCAUUGGAGGAAGUAUGUUCGAUGGUGAACGAUGAUUUUGAAGCUUCUCCUUACAUUUCGCGAAAAAAGAACUUUUCGUCUAAGGUAGAUUCGGGAUUGCACAAAAGUAAGAGCGUGGAUGACCUGAAUGUGUUUGAAGAGUCUAGAACUGAAUCUGAAUUAGGUUGGGUGAUGUACCGAGCUAAUUUGCCUGGUGCUAAAUAUUCAGCGAUUCAACGACCUUCGUAUAAAAUAAUGUCCAGCGAUGUUCAACCGUUUGACUCCGUAUCCAACCCAAGAUAUUCGUCCAAAUAUUAUGAUAGGAAGUCCCGUUUACAGUACAAACCAAACGAAACCCAAGGGAACGAUCUCCCAAAACCAGAUAUUUACGUAAAUUUCGAAAAUCUAGAUGAAAUUAUUCGCGACAUUCCGAAAAACAUAUCUGAAAGUGCGCUUACUGACCGACAGAAAUUCGCGCUUAAGUUAAAACAAGCUUUGGAAGAAGCUGAACGAAAAAAUACCCUUAAAAAACUGAAGAAAUCCAGGAAAUCAAUGAAACAAAUGGAGAUUAGCGCUCCUACAGUACAAUCGGUUCAAAAAAACGCAAAAUUAAAAGAGAUUCUGCUAAAUCCGCGAUACAAAACUAUAAAGAAUGAACCUAGAUCCACGUUCUUUGUCGAUAUAAACAGACACAGCACAGAUAUCAGUAGUGACAUUGGAGAAAGAGCCGAAGCUUCAGAACUAAACCCCACGUUACAUUCCAGUAAGUCGUACGACAAUAUUUCAUUCUCGUUUGUGCCGGAGAACAGUCUUCUCAACAUGUAUUACAGCGAGCAAGCCCGCAAACUGAAAGACCAAACAAGAAUAAAUUCUGACACUUCAUCGUCAUUUACAAGUGCCGAGUUUAAUUUAGAUACAGGUAGAAUUAAUUUACACCAUCAACAACACAAUAUGACACCAGAAAGUACAUUCUCUGAAGACCUUCUCUACAAUGAUACAUUUGCUAAGGCCAAGCACAAGGAGAAAUCAAAAGAGAAACAGUGGCAAAGCGUACCUAAUCUUUAUAGACACUCAAGCCAUAUAGGGGAAUCUAAUUUUGAUUAUGAACAUAGUAAUGAUCCUAAGAUUGAAGAGGUUCCAAAUAGACAUGAAGAUGAUCUUAAUAAGAAGAAUAUGGAAGCUCAAAUGCAUAGUAACGACCCUAAGAUUAAAGAAAUUUCAACUAAGCAUGAGGAUGAUCUUAAGAUGCAUAUGGAGGAUCAAGCGUAUUGUGACGAUCCUAAGAUUAAAGAGGUAUCAAAGAAAUAUGAAGAUGAUCCUAAGAUGAAGAACAUCGAAGUUCAUGAGCUUAGAAGAAGCUUACGAAAGCCGAAGUUUAAAAUUAGGGAAGAUGUUAAAUACCAAGUUGGAAAUAUUGUUGCUGCGUUUGAUACAAAAGAAUGUGAGGCUCAAAAGAUUGAAAAUAUACAGGCUAACGAGGAAAAAGUUAAAGAUACUUUUUCUGUUGAUUUUCUUCAUGAAUUUCUAGAGAAGGAAAAAUCAUUCUCAAGUUCUGAAUUGAAAGACUUGGAAACUCCUAUAGAAAACUCUACUGAUUCUAAUAAAAGAAUAAGCGAUGAAGAAUCAGUUGUUAAACCUGCAAAGAUAGAAACGCAUGAUACUAUUACUCGUCCUGAUACUGUUGAUUCAAUUCAUUUAAGAAGAAGUUUUCAAGAAGACGUUAGGCAUUUUACACACCUUCCAAAAAAGAUACAAAAUUCUAUAGAAAAUUGGAGACUAUCGUAUAGAGAUAAUCACAUUGAUAAAAAUGAACAAGACUUAAAUAUUUCUACACAUGUUAAAGAAGCUUCAUCGUCAGAUAUUCUACCUAUGGCUGAUAUAACAACAGAUCAUAUAGAGAAUGAUGAAAACUCAAAAGAACUAGAUGUGAUUGACCUUAAACCAAGUAUGGAUAACAUAGAAAAUGUAGAACAUGUUGAUAAAGAAGAUAACUCUAAAGAGAUUGUUCGAACUCCAGAUGACAUUAAAACUGACUUAACAGAUACAGUUAAUGAAAUUAUGAGAGAUAAGUUUCAUACAAUUGACACUACAGAUAUAUAUAAAGAAGUAGUACACAAAGAUGCUUCUUCUGAAGUUGGCGUAGUUUAUGCUGAAAAGGUACUUAUCCAAGAAAGUGAACCUAGUGCUUCUCACAAGGAAGAAUCCUUGGCUACUGAUAAUUUUGAUAAACUGACCAAAAUUGUUGAUGAAAAACCGACUAAAAACAUUGAUGAUUUAUUUGAAAUAAUUUUCAAUUCAAAUGAAACCAACGUACAAGAUGGUGUAACAUCUAUUACACAGUCUUGGUCAGUAAUUUCUGGAUAUUCAGAAGAUGAAAACUAUAAACCUAGCGUAAAAAUAGUUGAAUUAGAAAAUGAAAAUUUACAUUCACCGCCUGCAGUAUCUUUAGACAACCGUAUUGAACAACCUGCUGUUAAGGGUAGUGUCGAAGAUUUUGAUUCUUUACCGCCUCCUCUUCCAACAAGCCCUUGUCCAGUGGAUGUUAAAUUAUCACCAUAUGAUGUCUUAAAGCUACCAGAGCAAUCAAAACAUGAUGAGUAUACAGUGACAACUAUUGUUGACUCAUUAACAACAAGCCCAUCCUUGUCAAAAGAGAUCCAUAUAUUUGCACCAAAAGUACCUUUACCAAGUACAGAUAUCGUAGAUUCAAUGCUUGAGAUAGCUGAAGAAUCAGUUGAUGAUAGCAUAAAUAGAGCUGAUGUUAGCUCAUAUUCAACAUAUCCAUAUCAAUCUGAAGAAGAAGAGUAUACAGGCCAGAUUACAUCUAACCAACCAUUUUAUAAUAAAGAAGAUUAUAACUCCACGUUUAAAGAAAACAAAUAUGGUGUGGUUUCGCCUUUAGAUCUUAGGAAAACAUAUCGAAAUCUAGUAAAAGAAUAUAAAAACAAAUUUAACCCAGAAGAAACAAAAGAAGAGAACAGUGAUGCUAGUGAUAUCGAAUACCAGGAAGAGUUUAUUGAUGAUUUUUUUAAACCUGUUCAGACUUUUAUAGAUGAGCCAAAUGAAAACAUAUCACAAGAUGAUGAACAUUCUGACGUAUUAAUGGACCAUCAGCAAAACGAAGCUGAAAUCAGUGAUAGCAUAUUACCAGAUGAAGAAAAUUCCGAUGUAUUGAUCAGAAAAGCUGAAAAUCGUAUGUCUCAAAUUGACCAGGACAUGAAGGAUAUUAUGGAAAAAUACUUGCAUACCAGAGCUUCUUUAUUAGUCAAAGAAUCUAAUGUUAAAACUGAAGAAAACAAGACUAAUUUGAAGAAAUACGAGAAAGUUGAAAAUCUUCCAGACAUUCGUGUAGAAAAUACUACUACUGAAGUUGUUGCAACAAAUAAAGACGAACCUGAAGAAAUUUUGUCUUUAGAGGAUUUAUCAUUUAUCGCAGAAAUGCGGGAGAAAUAUGCUUCCUCUCCUCCUGCCUCGCCAACAUCACCAGUGGAAGUAAGGAAGCAUAACGUUCCAACGGGUGAAGGACUUAAAGAGAAGCUUCAAAGUCUCACGCACGAUGAAUUAAACUUAAUAAGUUCAUUGAAAAUAACUGAAGAAUCUAGACCGGUUUCAGAAAUUAAUGAGAAAGACUUACUAAUGAUUCAGGAAAUGUCUAAAAGGUAUAGUGAAAGCGUUUCAAACAGAACUAGCACAGAAUCGAACAUGGAUACUACGAUAAAACCAAGUGGCAAUGAAGAACGGAAAUCUUUACCACCUAGUUUACUACCUCAAGCCAAAAAGUACGAAAACGUAGUUUUCAGAAAUUCAAAAGUUCAAAACAAAUCAGAACGUCAAUCGUUUCCAGCCUCUUUACAAGCAGAAUCGAGAGCUUCUAAACGAUUAUCAGAUCUGAUGUUCACAGAAACUCUUUUAAUACCACAUCAAAAUGAUAUAGAAUCACCAAAAAGUCCUCUAUCACCAAGUUAUCAAUUUAAAGUAAUACCUAAUGCCAAAGAACGAUCACAACCAUUCACUGUAACAUCUGCUGUGAGUGUAUCUAGUUUCACCUCGAAUUCACAAAAAACAAGUUCAUUAAAUACUAAAGAUGGUAAACUUAGUGAUUCGGUUCAAAGGUCUUCUGUUAAUUUUAAAGAAACUAUCUUUGUACCUGAAGAAAUAUCUCGAGAAACAGCCAGUCCUGCAUCGCCCAACAGUAAAAACAGUUACAAAGAGACUAUAUUUGUUCCAAAUCAAACAGAAUCUCCACGGAAUCUUAUUCAAAUCGCCAAACCAAAACCCUUACCAGCACGCCGAUUUAAAGAUCCGCCUGUUCCACCUCAGAAAUUCCCUCCGAAACCGACAAGUCGUCACACUGACAGUGCUGUCACGAAACUUCAUAAUUUCGGUCCUAGAAUGAAGUCGGAAGAAAAUUUCAGUGAAAACGCCGUUAAAGAGACGGAUUUGAAACUAGAACAGGGUCCUAGAAAGGAUUUGUUUGAAGAAUCGAAACAUAGUGAAAAGCCCCAGUUGUUAAGUGAAGAAAACAAAAUCAAAUCAGUCGAGCCAGAACUCGAGAAAACACGGGUUAUGGUAAUGGAAGGUAACUCUUCGAAGGGUCGUUUGGAAGACGCUAAUUUGCCAGGUGCCACGUCUUCUAAAACUAUUGUGGUAUCCACUAAAACCGAGCAAUUGGACCUGACUAAUAUCCCACCUGCGGCUGGUUUAGACGACGACGUUGAGGAAAUAUCUAGACCGAAUUCCUCAGACGCGUCCACUCUCAAUUUAUUUAAAAUCGACUCAGAAUCGUCUUGCGAAUCUUACUUAGACCUCUUCAAGAGCAAAGAGAGCAAGGAUUUCGACACACUUCGAGGUAAAAAGCAUUUUGUAUCGGGCAUCGCAGCCGGGUUUACGCUGAUGACCGAAGACCCAAGCGAUUCAUUUACCGAUGAAAAAAUUGCGGAUUUCCCAAGCAUGCCGAAAGUUGUGGAUUUCGUCCCUAUAGACGACAAUACCACACCAUACUUUACCAAGCCCGAAACAGCAAAAAACUACGAUACUCUUGAACGCGAAAAAACGUUUCACGUUUUGGGCCAGGCAGCUGAAAUUAGUAAAAAUACAAACAAAGAAGAAACGAAUAAUCCAGAGGAUAUGACAAAGAGAUUGAAAAAAGACGAUUUGGCAGAAUCUUUGGAGGUUUUAGCGAAAAGAUCGUCGAGUAGUCACACUCAAAUUAGGAGCAGUCGAUCGAGUUUCAACCAGGCGAAAAAGUUGUUUGAAGCUUUGGCCGAGGCGAAUAAAGAUGAGAGUCCAAGAACAGCGGCCGAAUUAAGAAAUAUUCGCAGUGUUACGAGGGAGACCAAGAGUUUUCAUCAAAUGUAAUUGUUAGUAAAAUGGGAUGUAGCAUUGUAUACAGUAUUAUAUUUCGUAUAGACAUAUACCUAUGUACGAUUGAUAUUUCGAAUGGUUUCAUAAUCAUCUUCAAAGUAAACAUAAUCAUGUUGUUUUUUUUAGUGAAUCUUUGUAAAAUUUAUAUAUAGAUUUAUUAGAAUAAAAAAUAUUAUCAGCCUG